AUGCGGAGGACCGCUUCACUCUGCAUGGUGGCCGUGGCCCUCCCAUGGGCUGCGGCUCAGUCGACAACCCCGGCGUCCUCGCCCCCAUCAUCACCCUCAUCGUCACCUGCGCUAGCCUCCGCGACCCCUAUUCCUGUGAUCGGCGUCAGGACGGGCAUUGACAAGGUUACAGGGAAACCUCCAGCCAGACUCAAUAUCAAUGGGCUAUGGGCAAAGGGAGGGGCACAAUGGCAUCUCUACAUUCUGGCCCUAUCAGAAUUACAGGCGCUCAACGAGACGAACGAGUUAUCGUACUUCGCGGUAGCAGGUAUUCAUGGUUAUCCCCACAGUGCGUGGAACGGAGUAGGGCAUGUAGAUGGGGCGCCUUCUAAUAGGGGGUUUUGUCCUCAUGGUCAAAUAUUGGUGGCUCGCGCGGUUGACAUCGCGUCUAGAUACCCCCCAGAUCUGCUUCCCGAGUACAUGGCAGCGGCAGAGUCGUUGCGGCAGCCAUACUGGGACUGGGCGAUGAAUCCAGCGUUGCCUGUAGCAGCUACCAGGCUCAACAUGACGGUGCAGGCACCAGAGGGACGAAGAGUCAUACCGAACCCGCUAUACACUUACAAGUUUCAACGAUUAAAGGUUGAAGAGGGAUUUGGUGAUAGCGCCCUGACGCACUACCCGCAGACAAUACGAUGUUCUCGAUCUGGGGGUGUGCUAAAUGAUGCCAACGAGUCUAACGAGGGGUUACUUUUGGCGGCGAGGGAUUUGACAGGGAGUGUGUAUGAUGUCUUUACUCGGGUCACAACCUAUGACGGGAUGAGCAGCUCGAGCUUUGAGAAUGCCCACAACUUGAUUCAUCUUCGUGCAGGGUGCAAUAAUGGGACCAUGGCCGAUAUUAACUGGUCGGCCUUUGAGCCGCUGUUUAUGCUACACCACUGCAACGUCGACAGGCUGGUGGCCAUGUGGCAAACAAUUUACUACAACAACUCGAUGUUUACAAGCAGCGCUUUGUCUGGGGGGCAGUUUGGAACUCCUGCCAACACGGUGAUCACGGCUGACAGCCCGCUCAAGCCCUUUUUCCGGGCUCCAUCUGCCGCCACCACCAAUGGCAACAGCACGCUACUAGAGUUCCACACGAGCAACACUGUCGCUAAUGUCAGCGUGUUUGGGUACACGUAUCCGGAACUGCCCGAUUGGAGUCUCCCGGCUGAGACGAGGGCGGAGCAGGUCAGGGCAAAGGUGAAUGCGCUUUACGGGGACAUGGCUGGGGAUGAUGGGGCGACGACGCUGGAGACGGGACCGUUGAACCGGAUGGGCAAGGGGACGACGAGGGAUUAUUGGGUGGUGGAGAUGAGCGUGGAGAGGGGGGAGCUAGUGGGGAGGUUGCCGGCGACGGUGAGUUUGUUUAUCAGGGGGGAGAGUAUUGGACGGAUGACGCUGCUGGGGAUGCCCUGUGAGGGGGUGGCGAGGGAGAGCGUUCCGGUGCAGGACAUUAGGGUUGGGAAUGGGACUUUGAAGGAUUUGGACAGGGAGAGUGUGGUUGGGUAUUUGAAGAGGGAGGUGGGAGUUGGGAUUAAGGGGGCGGAUGGGGAGGAGGUUUCGGUGGGGAAUGUGCCUAGUUUGGGGGUUGUGGUGUUGGACAUGGAGUAUGCGCCGCGGACGAAUUUGUCGAGUUUUCCGGUGUUUAAUGGGAAGGUGACGAGGUGGCCUGUGGAGGUGAGACAGGAUUUGGGGGUGAAUGAGACCAGAAGUUUGAGGCGAGGUGUGGUGCGGUGGAAGUGACGAUGGUGGUGGUGUUGGGCUUCAAUGAUGAGUGGGAUGAGGCGAGAAUGUUGUGUUACCGGGUCGGUCUGGAAGUUUUUUGUUCUUUUUUUUUUUUUGCGGGGAGGGGAGGGCUUGGUAUCACAGACUGAGAAAGAAGGUGUGGUUACGCAGGCUGUCACCCUGGUGGUGGUGGUGGGUGGUGUGGAAGGGUAGUUGCUGUUACUCAUUCUUUUUUUCUAUUUGCCGUUGGGGGAGGGCAAGGAAAUAGGAAGAGAUGAGGGUGCGAGCAGAUUACCUAGUUUGGAUGGUGAUGGUUGUUAUUGUUGUUGUGUUACAAGGUACCUAGAAUUUGACGGAAGGUUUGGGGCUCUGGGUAGCAUUGAUGCUACUGCCAUUCAUUUGAACUUUGAUGAGAGUAAGAGAGAGAAACUGGGUCAACCAAGGGAUAUGAUCAGUGAUUUAGUAGGUUGGGUGUUCUGAAGUGAAGUUGUGCUUCUU